CUCGCGAGAUUUUAGACCAAACUGACUCAUAACAAGUUUGGCUAAAAUGUUCAGCCAUACAAGUCAACAUACAGAGCUACACAAAACUAUUUUGCGAGGAGAUGAGCAGCCACCUCUCCAGAGAUGUGAGGACUGCUGUUCCUUGUACCACUGUCCUUUCUGUGGGCCUGAAAUGUUCAAACCCGCCAUCAAAAGCAAAUGUUUAAAGCAUUUACAAGGUCACAGAAGAAGAGCGAUACGGCACAAGGAGUUCUUCAUUUUUAAAUGUCAUUUAAAGUGUCGAGCUGCUCCACACUUUCACUGCGUUAGCUGCACAUCCACUUUUAUGAGGAAAGAUGGUUUUCUAAAACACCUGGCCAUGUGCGAGAGCAAAAAACCCAAAGUAACAGUUGUGGAGCUGAAAUCAGAGGAGAGUUUACCUGCACCAGAUCUUCAUCUGACUACAUCUGAGGCUGGCAGUACUGAGGAGAUGCCUGUCCGCGAAGGACACAAGAAUCUGAUCACUGAAGAUGCUCAGAAAAUCAGGAGAAGAAAAGCAAACUUUGAGCAACACUUGUGCCCUAAAAGGGCUGUAAGUGAGGAAACAGUGAGCCAGGGGCUCAGUGAUUCAGAGAUGGCAGUCCAAAACUCCAGAGGUGAAGGAGGGAUUAUGGAGGAGCAGGUGAGAACAGAUGACCCAACUAUAUCCCCAGUGGAUGAAGGAGAUGCUUCAGUGGUAGAUCUCUCUGUAGUGGAUCAUAAUGUCACAGAGACCACUGUCUCAAAUUCUGCUGCCAAUCCUCAUCCUAUAGAGGCUGAUGUCGCCAUACAGACUUUGGUAAAUGAGAUGUUCUCUGGACACACAUCUGUUGAAAGCACCAUCCCACAAAGAUCCAGAUCCGAUGCACAAGAUCUGUGUCCGUUCUGUGGUUUAAUGCUGCACAGGAAGAAUCUGCAGGUGCAUUUAAGAAGGAAGCACCCAGAUCAAGUGUCAAACCAGGAGAAAGCUGCCUCUGCUCAGGUGAAAAACCCAAAACAACAGAGACUUGCUUUGCGACAACAACAGAAGAUUGCAAUGGAGAGUGAAAUCAGAGAUGUGUUCAGACACUGUAUCAGGUUUCCAGUGCCCAUUUCUGCCUCUGUGGUCGCUGAUGAGCUGGUGGACACUGCCAAUGAGAAGCGUUGUAUCACCAUAUUGGCCCGUUGGAGUCAGUGUGAUUUGGAGAGAGGGGGGAAACUGCGUUUCUCUCAGAGAUGGACUCUACUGUGUAAACACGACACAAUCGAGCAUGUGCUGCCGUCUGGAACAAGCUCACACAUAGAGAAGGAGUUGCUCAGCUGCCAUUCUCCUUCUGGGACUCUUCAAGCUGUCAUCCGGGAGGAUGCUGGACAUCAGUACGUGGAGGUUUGGGGCCAAAAUGGUCUGGAGAAAAGUUUGGACCUUACAGCUCUAAAUAAACAUGGAAAAGUGUACGAAGAUGCUCAGUUUGCAUGUCUGGCCUGGUCACCAUGUGAAAACAAGUUGCUCUAUGUGGCUGAAAAAAAGAGGGUCGAGCCAUCAGCACAUUCAUCAGUUGCAUCAGCCAAUGAGGAUGGUGGGCUAGUGUUGCUUGAGGAACAGGAUAAGAACAUAUAUAUUGAAGACUGGGGUGAAGGUCUGGUGGGUAAGAGCUGUCCUGUCUUAUGUGUGGCUGAUCUCAACAAAGGGGCAGUUAUCGUAUAUGCUGGCGUACCUCCGCAUAUAUCACCAGGACAGGCUCUGUGGGCACCUAAUGGAAGGGGCGUGGUGUUUGUGGGCCAAUGGAAUGAGCCGUUCAGACUGGGCCUGAAAUUCUGCUCUAAUCGUAGAUCAGCUCUCUACUACCUGGAUAUGAAAGGAAACUGUGAGUGCUUGUCAGCUGAAGGUGUGUCUGUUUCAAGCCCUCAAAUGAGUCCGGACUCGUGCUGGAUCAUAUACUUGCAGGGACAGGUGUUUGGACCACAUCGUCAGUGCCUGAGAAUGAUGCUGUAUGACAUGAAGAACAGAAGCACUUCAGUCUUAGUAGAUGUGGUCAGGAGAGCAGAAAAAGGUCAGUUUGCUGGUAUAUACGAAUCAUUGCCAUCUCAAUGCUGGUCUGCAGACAAUGAGAGAAUCUUCUUUAGCAGUUCCUGUGAAAACAAUAAGGCAGUGUUCUCAGUUGACAGAACCACAGGAAGAGUCACACAAGUGUGCGGACUGGAUGCGCUAAGACAAGAUGAUUUCGGGAGUGUGCAGCUGUUGACAAUACAAAAAGACCUGAUGGUGAUGAGCUGCUCAUCUCCAAAUCAACCUUCCUGCCUGAAACUGGGCUUCCUCUCAUCAGUGGAUAAGGCUGAGGACAUGCAACUUUGUAAUGUGGGCGGAGCAGAUGUGUAUGAGGGAUUUGAUUGGCAGCCCAUGUUAAUCACACCCCCUUCUCAAGAGGAGAACCAUCAGUUCUCUGGACUGAAUUUUGGAGCAAUUUUGUUGAAGCCGUACAAUCUUCCAGAGAGAAGGAAAAGUCCUCUAGUGGUGAAUAUACAUGGUGGUCCUCAUGCUCAUUUUGCUGCUGACUGGAACGCCACAGCUGCUGCUUUAACCAAACUGGGAUUUGCUGUUCUGAUGGUGAACUACAGGGGCUCCACUGGUUUCGGUCAAGAUGGCAUAGAGUCUCUGCUUGGAAACGUUGGCAGUCAGGACGUCAAAGAUGUUCAUAGGGCAGUGUUGUGCACUUUGCAGAAUGAGACGACCCUUGAUCCUGAUAGGGUGGCAGUGAUGGGUGGCUCUCAUGGUGGUUUUCUGGCCUGCCACCUGGUUGGUCAGUAUCCAGAUUUCUAUAGAGCUUGUGCAGCAAGAAACCCUGUGAUCAACGCAGCCACACUGCUUGGAACCAGUGAUAUUGUAGACUGGAGAUAUUCCUCUGUGGGGAUUCAGUAUGCUUUUGACCGGCUGCCCACAUCACAGUCCCUCAUUUCAAUGCUGGAAAAGUCACCCAUAAUACAUGCUGCACAGAUCCGUGCUGCUGUGUUGUUGAUGUUGGGUGGGAGAGACAGGAGAGUAUCACCUCACCAGGGUCUAGAGCUCUACAGAGCACUCAAGAGCAGGAGCACACCUGUCAGGUUAUUGUGGUACAGUGAUGAGGGUCAUUCGCUGUCUAAAGUCAACACUCAGUCUGACUGCUUCCUCAACAUCGUUCUGUGGUUUAAAGAACAUUUAAACUGACGCAACAUUUCUCAGAAACGCAUAUGAAAAUAUUAAUCAAAUGCUUUUUUUUUUUGUCUGCACAUAUUGUGUUUGACAUUCUUGCCAAAACUUUAGAUGUCCAUGAAUGUUGCACUGAGUCUGAAGUUAAAGGUUAUACAGGUCACUGUCCACUAGGGGACAGACCUGUCCAUGUUAAAUUAGCACUGCUAAAAUAAAUGGUCAAAUGCCAAAGGAUGAAGUCAUUAUGUUUAGAAAUCAGAGCUCAUGUACUGUGAUACUGAACUUCUCUUUUUAGAGUUAAUAUCUGAACAUUCACCGUCUUUUGUGAGACGUUUACUCUUCGCUGUGUUUUUAAUGGAGAGUAAUGAUCUUGCCAAUAUUUUUAGAUCAAAUCUGUUUGACUUUAAAUACAAAUACAUGCUGAUCGUUUGUAGAUUUAAAUUAGUUUGAUUAUGAAAAAAGUACAUUUAGGAUGGAAAGCAGAAGAGAAGAACAAAAAGCAAUUUUCUAGUUUCUGAAAUGUAUCUAUAGAGAUCUUCAACAUUCCAUAUUUAUAAACAUGAUACGAGACAGAAAUGUGUGAUAUUUAUUUUGGCCAAUGCUUAUACACAUAGAUCCAGGUGUGCAUGCUUGCUUUGGUGGAAGCUGUACCAGCUCACAUGUCUAAGACUCUCGUGUCCGUUUCACUUGCAGCCCAUUAAGAAAGGUAUUUCCCUCAAAGAUUUCUUUGUUUCAUAGUUUUGGAACAUUUUUGUCCUUUGAACACUUAAUCUCAAAAUCCUCUUUGACAGAUUCAUUCAGCUCUUGUGUUUCUAUCAUGAGCUUUGUUUAUAAUAUUGUUAUUAGGUAUUCUGGUUUGCCAUUUGUGGCACUUUGAGCUCCAGCCAGUUUUAUGUUACAGUGUUUUAUGGCCAAUUGUAGCAUGUGGAUUUUCAAUAUUCUGGCGGUCUCAGGGGGCAGAUUGCUUUAUACCCUGUUAAGAUUGCAUUGCUAAUGACCCACAGAGAAAGAAGUAGAACACAACAGGUCACCUGAGACCAUUGCCACUGCCACUGUGUAAGAGAGAGAGAGAGAAAGAAAGAAAGAAAGGUCUGUAUUAUUCCCCCUUUGAUCGGGUUUGGUGUAGGUGUCUGGGUCUUAGGCAGGUCAAAUAUCAUUAAAAGUCUUUACUCUCUGUCUCAGUCUGCCUAGACGCUGAACGGCAUGCUUAUAAAGGAAGAUUAAAGAGCAAGGCAGAAUUUGAGAAUAAAAACAAACACCCAAAAAGCAGGAAAUCAUUGCCAGGGGGUGAAAAGCAGAAGCAGAUUAGAGGAAGUAGGGAGAAAAAUCUGAGUAGGUUUAAGGUCACACUGGGGUAAAAUAAGCCACAGCUCAGUUGGUGCUCUCAUGAGCUGUGAUGUGACAACUAAAUGAAAACAUGAAAGUUAUCUGAUGGCU